AUGCACUCGGGGCAUCUCCAGGCCCGGCGUGAAGCAGAGGCCGUGGGGGUGCCGAGCCCCAGGGGUUUCUGCCCCCAGGCUGAUUCUCUGAGCAGGCCUCGGGCCCCGGCCUGUGCUGUGGGGCCUGGCUCCCAGUUCUGCCGCACGCCGGGCCCCAACUGCAGGGACGCUCUGGGCCAGUGGCUGGAGGCCGCGCAGCCCUGGGGUCCCGGCCAGGCCCAGCCAUGCCAACCCAGCCUCUGCUGGUCUUCAGUGCCCGCGCCCGGCCUCCACCGGUACCCAGCCCCGCCGAUCCCCGCGCCCGGCCUCCACCGGUACCCAGCCCCGCCGAUCCCCGCGCCCGGCCUCCACCGGUACCCAGCCCCGCCGAUCCCCGCGCCCGGCCUCCACCGGUACCCAGCCCCGCCGAUCCCCGCGCCCGGCCUCCACCGGUACCCAGCCCCGCCGAUCCCCGCGCCCGGCCUCCACCGGUACCCAGCCCCACCGAUCCCCGCGCCCGGCCUCCACCGGUACCCAGCCCCGCCGAUCCCCGCGCCCGGCCUCCACCGGUACCCAGCCCCGCCGAUCCCCGCGCCCGGCCUCCACCGGUACCCAGCCCCGCCGAUCCCCGCGCCCGGCCUCCACCGGUACCCAGCCCCGCCGAUCCCCGCGCCCGGCCUCCACCCAUACCCAGCCCCGCCGAUCCCCGCGCCCGGCCUCCACCGGUACCCAGCCCCGCCGAUCCCCGCGCCCGGCCUCCACCGGUACCCAGCCCCGCCGAUCCCCGCGCCCGGCCUCCACCGGUACCCAGCCCCGCCGAUCCCCGCGCCCGGCCUCCACCGGUACCCAGCCCCGCCGAUCCCCGCGCCCGGCCUCCACCGGUACCCAGCCCCGCCGAUCCCCGCGCCCGGCCUCCACCGGUACCCAGCCCCGCCGAUCCCCGCGCCCGGCCUCCACCGGUACCCAGCCCCGCCGAUCCCCGCGCCCGGCCUCCACCGGUACCCAGCCCCGCCGAUCCCCGCGCCCGGCCUCCACCGGUACCCAGCCCCGCCGAUCCCCGCGCCCGGCCUCCACCGGUACCCAGCCCCGCCGAUCCCCGCGCCCGGCCUCCACCGGUACCCAGCCCCGCCGAUCCCCGCGCCCGGCCUCCACCGGUACCCAGCCCCGCCGAUCCCCGCGCCCGGCCUCCACCGGUACCCAGCCCCACCAAUCCCCGCGCCCGGCCUCCACCCGUACCCAGCCCCGCCGAUCCCCGCGCCCGGCCUCCACCGGUACCCAGCCCCACCAAUCCCCGCGCCCGGCCUCCACCGGUACCCAGCCCCGCCGAUCCCCGCGCCCGGCCUCCACCGGUACCCAGCCCCGCCGAUCCCCGCGCCCGGCCUCCACCGGUACCCAGCCCCACCGAUCCCCGCGCCCGGCCUCCACCGGUACCCAGCCCCGCCGAUCCCCGCGCCCGGCCUCCACCGGUACCCAGCCCCACCGAUCCCCGCGCCCGGCCUCCACCGGUACCCAGCCCCGCCGAUCCCCGCGCCCAGCCUCCACCGGUACCCAGCCCCGCCGAUCCCCGCGCCCGGCCUCCACCGGUACCCAGCCCCACCAAUCCCCGCGCCCGGCCUCCACCCGUACCCAGCCCCACCGAUCCCCGCGCCCGGCCUCCACCGGUACCCAGCCCCACCAAUCCCCGCGCCCGGCCUCCACCGGUACCCAGCCCCACCGAUCCCCGCGCCCGGCCUCCACCCAUACCCAGCCCCGCCGAUCCCCGCGCCCGGCCUCCACCGGUACCCAGCCCCACCAAUCCCCGCGCCCGGCCUCCACCCGUACCCAGCCCCACCGAUCCCCGCGCCCGGCCUCCACCGGUACCCAGCCCCGCCGAUCCCCGCGCCCGGCCUCCACCGGUACCCAGCCCCACCGAUCCCCGCGCCCGGCCUCCACCCAUACCCAGCCCCGCCGAUCCCCGCGCCCGGCCUCCACCGGUACCCAGCCCCACCAAUCCCUGCGCCCGGCCUCCACCCGUACCCAGCCCCACCGAUCCCCGCGCCCGGCCUCCACCCAUACCCAGCCCCGCCGAUCCCCGCGCCCGGCCUCCACCCAUACCCAACCCCGCCGAUCCCCGCGCCCGGCCUCCACCGGUACCUAGCCCCGCCGAUCCCUGCGCCUGGCCUCCACCGGUACCCAGCCCCACUGAUCCCCGCGCCCGACCUCCACCCAUACCCAACCCUGCCAAUCCCCGCGGCCGGCCUCCACCGGUACCCAGCCGCGCCGAUCCCCGCGGCCGGUCUCCACCCAUACCCAACCCUGCCAAUCCCCACAUCCGGCCUCCACUGGUACCCAGCCCCGCCGAUCCUCGUGCCUGGUCUCCACCCGUACCCAGCCCUGCCGAUCCCCAUGGCCGGUAUCCACGCGUACCCAGCUCUGCCAAUCCCCACGCCCAGCUGCCGCUGA